AUGGCUGCCAUAAAGACCUUAAACGCCAAGGCGGAGGUGGCUCGGGCCCAGGCGGCCUUGGCGGUCAAUAUAUGCGCUGCCCGAGGGCUGCAGGAUGUGCUGAGGACCAACUUGGGUCCCAAGGGCACCAUGAAAAUGCUUGUUUCUGGUGCAGGUGAUAUCAAACUCACCAAAGAUGGCAAUGUGCUGCUUCAUGAGAUGGGCUUGCACCCUAGAAUAAUAGCAGAAGGAUUUGAAGAAGCAAAGAAAAAAGCACUUGAUGUUUUGGACGAAAUUAGAGUCAAAAAAGAGAUGAAAAGAGACAUCCUCUUAGAAGUGGCUAGAACAUCUCUACAAACUAAAGUUCAUGCUGAACUGGCUGAUGUGUUAGUAGAGGCUGUGGUGGAUUCUGUGUUGACUAUUACAAGACCGGGCUAUCCUAUCGAUCUCUUCAUGGUAGAAAUCAUGGAGAUGAAACACAAAUCAGAAACAGAUACAAAGUUAAUCAGAGGAUUAGUUUUGGAUCAUGGUGCCCGUCACCCAGAAAUGAAGAAGCAAGUAGAAAAUGCAUAUAUCCUUAUUUGCAACAUAUCACUAGAAUAUGAAAAAACUGAGGUGAGCUCUGGUUUCUUUUAUAAGACUGCUCAAGAAAAAGAAAAAUUGGUAAAAGCUGAAAGAAAAUUUAUUGAUGAUAGAGUACAAAAAAUAAUAGACCUGAAAGACAAAGUCUGUGCUAAUUCCAACAAAGGAUUUGUUGUCAUUAAUCAAAAGGGAAUUGAUCCAUUGUCCUUAGAUGCACUUGCAAAACAUGAUAUAGUAGCUCUUCGCAGAGCAAAAAGAAGAAAUAUGGAAAGACUCACUCUUGCUUGUGGUGGAAUAGCUGUGAAUUCUCUUGAAGACCUCAGUGUAGAUUCCUUGGGACAUGCUGGUCUUGUACAUGAAUAUGCAGUAGGUGAAGAAAAGUUCACUUUUGUUGAGGACUGUGUUAACCCUCGCUCUGUCACCUUGUUGGUUAAGGGACCAAAUAAGCAUACUCUCACACAAAUCAAAGAUGCUGUAAGGGAUGGACUUCGUGCCAUCAGAAAUGCCAUUGAAGAUGGUUGUGUGGUUCCAGGAGCUGGUGCAGUUGAAGUGACAAUAGCUGAAGCUCUUAUUAAGUACAAGCACAAUAUAAAAGGAAGAGCUCGCCUUGGAGUUCAAGCUUUUGCUGAUGCCUUACUCAUUAUUCCUAAGGUCCUUGCUCAGAAUUCUGGUUAUGACCCUCAGGAAACACUAGUAAAAGUUCAGGCUGAGUAUUCAGAGUCAGAACAACCUGUUGGUAUUGAUUUGAAUACAGGAGAGCCAAUGGUAGCAGCUGAUGCAGGAGUUUGGGAUAAUUAUUGUGUGAAAAAACAACUUCUUCACUCUUGCACAGUGAUUGCUGCGAACAUUCUCCUGGUUGAUGAAAUUAUGCGAGCCGGUAUGUCUUCUCUCAAAGGAUGA